AUGCCGAAGGACCCCCAGCAGGUCAUUCGGCUGAUGGCGCCGUUCUCCAUGAGGUGCAACAGAUGUGGAGAAUACGUCUACAAGGGCAAGAAGUUCAAUGCUAGGAAAGAGACUGCUCAAGGAGAAGAGUACUAUGGGAUCAAGAUAUUUAGGUUCUACAUUAAAUGUCCCAUGUGUUCCUCCGAGAUCACUUUCAAGACUGAUCCCAAGAACGCCGACUAUACUUGUGAACAAGGCGCUACCCGUAAUUUCGAAAACUGGAUCGAGAAUGACCCCAGCGGAAAGGCUGGUAAAAUGCCCGACGCAGCGGAUGAUGAUGAUUAUGAUUCGGAUGGGAACCUGAUCGAGGGCAGGGGAGAUGGCAAGGAUGCGAUGGCGGACUUGGAGAGAGCACAGGAGCAGAGUAAGAGAGAGAUGGAGAUUAUGGACGAGCUGGCGGAUCUUAGACAACGAAAUGCUCGAGUGGAGCUUUCAACUGCCGAUAAGAAUCCCGACGCUCUCCUGGCCGCUCUCCACGCCGAGAAAAUCUCUGCUGCUGAAGAAGCUCGCAGAAAGGCGGACGAAGAGGAAGACGACGCUCUUGUCAAGCAAUACUUUUCCAAAGUCUCUUCCGGACCUGCACCUCCUCCCGCUCUCAAGAGGGAAACUGGAACUCCCGAUGGCGAAGCCGGUCCUGCAGACGGCGAUAUUGAGGAUACUGCCUUACCGCAGUUGACUAUCAAGAGGAAGAUUGCGUCAGGCAAGGCUGGGGAACCGACGGUGGCGAGCAUUUUGGCGGCUAAGGGCAAGGCUCCGGACACUACUGGGCCGUCGGCGGCGCCUGCUCAGGCAAAGAGGAAAAGAGAGGGGAUGCAGAAGCUGCUGGGCAUCAAGAAGAAGACAAAGGCGUAA